CAAGAGACUCGUAUUACAAGACAAGAAGAAGAGAGAUCGCGAACCAAUGUUAACAAAGCAAACUAUUUGGUGGCAGUACUUUUAAAAAAUCCAAUAUUGAUUUUGUUUGACGUUCGUUUUUGUGCUUUUAGCAACUCUUAUUAUAGUGAUUCGCGAGUGGUACCUAAUACGUGAAAAAUGUUAAAACCCUUUGAAAAGUUUCUAGGCCCAUUAAACAAAUGUUAGGUUAAGGGGAUCAAACCUAAGAUAUGAAUCAUUCCUCUAAUCUGCUAGAAGGACUAUCACCCAGACCCAAGCCAUGCCCAUUGGUUCGUUUAGGACCCAAUCAUUCUAGCACCGACGACACCAAACCAUCUACAGAUGGAAGAGAAAAAUAUCAACCCUUCAAGUAUGACCAGUACAGUCGCCAAAAUGGCAGAAUGUUUCAUGAUGAACACGCAUCCAGUGCAGCAGGUUACGACCUACAGAAACUGCAUGCAUCUUCUGACGAAUCUGAUUAUAUGCAAACCUACUAUGACCGCCAGUCACAUUCCUAUCUCAGUGAAGAUCCCGACUACGGUAAUAAAUCAUCUCACGCUCCUCUAGCGAGAACAAAUUUAAAAUAUGCAAAGGGUUCCAUGGAUCUUUCUUCUUUGUGUUUGAGUUCGCCAUACUGGGAAAACGAUCUGUACGAAAGUAAAGAAAGUGUCAGCGAUAAGUCAUCUAAUCAAUUCUAUCAUUUAUCACCAAAUCAAUCCCACGACUCUAGUUUCCUGUUUGACAAUUUCGAAAAAAUGGGCAAAUCUAGCCCCAGCUUAGAUCAAGGGUAUGCUACUUUGGUUACUCCGGGUGGAUCCUCUAGUGCUAGUCUUUGGAAUGAAGGAAAUAUUUACCAAGCAAAGAGAUUCCAACCCAAGAAUAAUUUCUUCGACACACUCUCGGAUCAGCAAGUUAUUAAAAUCUUCACAUAUCUUAAUAGCAUCGACCUGAGCACUGUUGCUCAGGUUUGUAGAAGAUUUGAUGCUCUAGCAUGGACACCAUCAUUAUGGCGUACCAUUAUUAUUGAAGGAGAAUAUAUUAGCGGAGACAAGGCUAUUAAAGGCGUACUAAGGCAAUUGUGCGGCCAGGAUCGAAUCGGUGCCUGUCCAACUGUGGAAAGAGUCCACAUUAGGAAUGGUGCUAGAAUCUGCGACAAGACCCUAGUGUUGCUGUCGAAGAGAUGUCCUGAACUCAGGCAUUUGCAGAUUCAAGGCUGCAUGGGUGUAACCAAUAAUGCUUUGUUUGAAAUUGCCACUCGAUGUGCGAACUUGCAACAUUUGGAUGUAGCAGGUUGUAUGAACAUUUCCUACAUUAGUGUUAAUGCCGUUGCGGAUGUCAACAGACGCAUGCAACUCCAGUAUUUGGAUCUUACCGACUGUGUCGCGAUUCAGGAUAUCGGUCUUAGGAUUAUCGUCCAGAAUUGCCCAUUACUCGCUUUCUUGUAUCUCAGAAGGUGUUUCAAUAUUACAGAUGCUGGUCUAAAAUAUGUGCCAAGUUUUUGUUCCGGACUUCGUGAACUGAGCGUGAGUGACUGUUCAAAGAUUACUGAUUUCGGCUUGUAUGAGCUAGCCAAGCUGGGACCAAUGCUACGCUACCUUUCUGUAGCAAAAUGUGAUCAAGUCAGUGACGCUGGUCUCAAAGUGAUAGCAAGGAAAUGUUACAAGUUAAGAUACCUAAAUGCCAGAGGAUGUGAAGCCGUAUCUGACGACGCCAUAACAGUUGUAGCUAGAUCCUGCACUAGGCUUAGAGCUUUAGAUAUAGGAAAAUGUGAUGUUAGUGAUGCUGGGCUUAGAGCCUUGGCUGAAAGUUGUCCGAAUUUAAAAAAAUUAAGUAUCAGAAAUUGUGAGCUUGUUACUGAUCGUGGCGUUCAGUGCAUAUCGUAUUACUGUAGAGGUCUUCAACUAUUGAACAUUCAAGAUUGUCAAAUUUCAUUGGAAGGUUACAGGGCUGUCAAAAAAUAUUGCAAAAGAUGUGUGAUUGAACUCAGCAAUCCUGGAUUUUUUUAAAUUUUUUGUUAUUUUAUUUAUUCUUUUUUUUUUUAAGAAAAAUGUUAUAUUUAUCAUGUAAAUUUGUAUAUCUUUUAUAUUUUCGAAAUAUAGAUACCUGAGGUGUAUUUCAAAAAAUUUUGCUUGUUUUGGUUAACAUUGAUACGCACCCAUACAUUUAAAGAACAUUUCCACAAACUGAUUUCUCAAAUGUUCACUUAGGAACAAGAUGAAAAUGUCAAGGAUGUACUUUCUGGCAUACGUUACUCACAUUAUACUACAACCCUACUAGAAAUGUAGGUACCGUCAGCAUUUAUUCAUUCUGUACAUGUAUAUGGCACCUAGCAUAAUCCCAUUGGUCAGAUUUUAAAAUUUAAACCAAUUAAACUUCGAGUGCCAUACGCGCGUACGGAAUGUAAAUUGGUGCCAUAUGCACUUACGGAAUGUUAUACCUAGUUAUUGCAGCAGAAAAUUUUGUUGAGCUGAAAACGAGUUAAACGUCAAUUAUUC